CAUGAUUGAAACGGUUUGACAAAUUUGAGCUGUUUAUGUACCGUUGUUGCGUAGUGUAUGGUAUUAUGGCUGCAGUGACAGCUACGUCAAAUUACAUGACUUGCUUAUUUGUGAAAUCGAAGCACACAGAAGCUUAAUUUCGAAGGUCAUUUUCAUCGAAUAUUCAAGCAUUUGCAAAGCAAUUAACAGUAUUUCAGAAUGGGCGUAAUUUUCUUAGAACACAUCGGAGGUACUCGUUUGUUCUCUUGUGCUUCUUGUGACACCAAUCUAACAAACAGAGGUCAGCUGAUAAGCACGCGUUUUACGGGCGCCACAGGCCGUGCUUUUCUCUUUAACAAAGUCGUCAACUUGAAUUACAGUGAGGUACAGGAUAGAGUGAUGUUGACGGGUCGUCACAUGGUCCGAGAUGUCAGCUGCAAAAACUGUGAUGCUAAACUUGGGUGGGUGUAUGAAUUUGCAACAGACGAUAAUCAACGAUACAAGGAAGGUCGAGUCAUCCUGGAACGUGCAUUAGUCACAGAGAGUGAUGGAAUGGGCGACAAUAUUUAAUACCCUGCAACAAGUAGCACAUCAUAGGAUAAGAAUAUAUUAUAGUAAACAAAAAUCAAUUGUUCCUUUUGUCAUCAAUUUUUCAUUAUUUCGUAUAAUUUGGGAAAUUGUUCUAUAACUGUAUGGAAAUUAAUAUUUAAUAU